AUGGACGAGAGUGAUCACAAGUCUAUGUUGAAUGAGUAUGGAGCCAUCGGGAUUUUGGGUGCAGUUUUUUUUGCCAUAUUUGUGCCUAUAAUCCUCUCCACUGUACUCAGUGGGAACAAAAAGAGGAAACAGAGGGGGGUUCCAGUGCAAGUUGGUGGUGAGGCUGGUCUUGCUAUGCGAAAUGCGCGGCAAAGUAAAUUAGUUGAGGUCCCUUGGGAGGGGGCAACGACUAUGGCAGCUUUAUUUGAGCAAUCCUGUAAGAAGCAUUCACGAGAAAGGUUUCUAGGGACGAGAAAGAUGAUAGGCAGGGAAUUUGUCACUGCAAGUGAUGGGAGGAAGUUUGAGAAGCUUCAUUUGGGGGAGUAUGAAUGGCAGACUUAUGGACAGGUAUUUGAUCGUGCUUGCAAUUUUGCAUCUGGUCUUGUUAAGUUAGGCCAUGAUUUGGACACGCGGGCUGCCAUUUUUGCUGAAACUCGGGCAGAGUGGUUCAUUGCUUUCCAGGGGUGCUUCCGGCAGAAUAUUACUGUAGUUACAAUAUAUGCUUCUUUAGGGGAUGAUGCACUCAUUCAUUCUCUAAAUGAGACUCAAGUAUCUACCUUGAUCUGCGACUCAAAGCAAUUAAAGAAGUUAGUUGGAAUAAGUUCAAGCCUGAAGACUAUUAGAAAUGUUAUAUACAUCGAGGACAAUGAUGGUUCUGCUGGAACAGACGCUUCUACAAAUGUUACCAACUGGACGGUUUCAUCAUUCUCUGAAGUCGAGAAACUUGGUAAAAGUAAUCCUGUUCACCCCACGUUACCGAUUAAGAAGGAUAUAGCUGUUGUGAUGUAUACGAGUGGCAGUACUGGUCUACCAAAGGGUGUCAUGAUUACUCAUGGAAACAUUGUAGCGACUGCUGCUGCAGUCAUGACAGUGAUCCCCAGAAUUGGAAGUGAUGAUGUUUAUUUGGCCUACUUGCCACUAGCUCAUGUUUUUGAGUUAGCUGCUGAGUCUGUUAUGUUGACUGCUGGUGCUGCAAUUGGAUAUGGAUCGCCAUUAACUUUAACGGACACGUCAAAUAAAAUUAAGAAAGGAACCAAGGGAGAUGCUUCAGUUUUAAAGCCCACUCUAUUGGCAACUGUUCCUGCUAUAUUAGAUCGUGUGAGAGAAGGAGUUUUGAAGAAGGUUGAGGAGAAGGGGGGAUUCUCCAAGAAACUCUUUAACAUCGCUUUUAAGAGACGUCUUGCUGCUAUUGAAGGAAGCUGGUUUGGAGCCUGGGGAUUGGAGGCCCAGUUGUGGGAUAGUAUUAUCUUUAAAACAAUUCGCUUGGUUCUUGGAGGAAAAAUCAGAUUCAUGCUUUGUGGUGGAGCUCCUUUAUCUGGUGAUACACAAAGAUUCAUUAAUAUCUGCAUGGGGGCUCCUAUUGGUCAAGGAUAUGGGCUGACAGAAACCUUUGCUGGGGCUGCUUUCUCCGAGUGGGAUGACAUUUCGGUUGGACGUGUUGGUCCACCUCUUCCUUGUUCCUACAUUAAGCUUGUCUCCUGGGAUGAAGGUGGUUACAAAACAUCUGACAAGCCAAUGCCCCGUGGAGAAGUGGUUGUUGGUGGAAGCAGUGUGACUGCUGGUUACUUCAACAAUGAGGCAAAAACAGCCGAGGUCUAUAAAGUUGACGAAACAGGCAUGCGCUGGUUUUACACUGGUGACAUUGGAAGGUUUCACCCUGAUGGAUGCCUUGAAAUCAUUGAUAGAAAGAAAGAUAUCGUAAAACUGCAACAUGGGGAAUAUAUUUCACUUGGAAAGGUAGAGGCAGCUCUCGUGUCGAGCAGUUAUGUUGAUAAUAUCAUGGUGUAUGCCGAUCCGUUCCACAGUUACUGCGUAGCUCUUGUGGUUCCCGCUCGACAGGCACUGGAGAAGUGGGCCCAAGAUGCUGGAGUUAAAUACGAUAACUUCAACGAGUUGUGUGACAAAACUGAAGCAACCAGUGAGGUUCAGAAAUCACUAUCCAAGGUGGGAAAAGAAGCAAGACUGGACAAGUUUGAACUUCCUGCUAAGAUCAAGUUAUUACCAGAACCCUGGACUCCUGAGUCUGGAUUGGUUACUGCCGCUCUCAAACUGAAGAGGGAGCCAUUGAAGUCUAAGUUUAAGGAUGAGCUACAAAAGUUGUACUCGUGA